AUGUUCCAGGGUCUAGUGCACGACUUACUGUGCAGGGGCGGCUCAUUUAGUUUACGCAACCUUUCUAACCCCGGGAAGCAGCAGUUCAGCCUGACAGUGCCAAAAAUGUACCUGAAGGAGGUGCAGGACAGCGACCUCAAAGAAGUCAGCCUCACAACAACAAUAUCUGGGCUCCUGGUGCCGGUGGUGAGGAACUUUGCAGGCGUGGACAGCUUUCUUAUUUUUCCUGACAAGAGCGGCAUGGCAGAGCGACUGCUCUUCAUCCAGGUGACUGUCUCUGCCAAGCACCCAAUUGUCGUGUCCGGACUGCAAGCCUCCAUGCAGAAACUGUCCAGGGACCUGAAGGGGCUCAGUAAGUCGUGCACUAGACCCUGGAACAUUAUACCUCUAAGCGAGGCCAAGCUGGUCUGCCAGCGGAACACUUGA